GUGUCAUGUAUGUAAACAUAUUAGUGAGGCAUAACAAAGAACAGCAUUGUCUAUUAGUUAUAAUAAUCCUUUUCUUUAAUGAAUAAUUUACUGUCACAUUUUAAUUAUCAAUCCUUUUGAUGACAAUGACACAUGUUAUGAAGAACGCUUUAAUUUGUUACAUCCUCUCUGAUUGGAUAAAAAUUAUAGUUUUAACCAAUGAAAAUCGUCCUUUUAUCUGACCAGUCUAAUUGACAUUUCUUACGCAAAUUCUGUCAGUUUCAAUCAAAACAAUACAUGAAAUGUGCCCUGCUGAUUUAUUAAGUGUCACCCAAUAGGUGUUGUUAAAACACACCAUCAGUUGAUAAUCCAAUUAAGCUUCAAGACAGGAAGGGCAUUAUAACUGUAAACAGGCAUAUAUAAUUAAACCCUGUGAUAAAUUUGCGUAAUUUUAAACACUUUAAUUCCGGGGGAUUUUCAUCCCCCUCCGGGAGACCGGGGGAUGGGUCGAAAUUCCGGGGGAUUUUAUCCCCCUCCGGGGGAUAUGGCAUAAAUAUAACCAUGCUGUACCAGACGAGUCUACAUGUGGUAGGGCUGCUGUUCAUGGUUGCCAUGGUAACAGGCUCUCCAGGAGACCGGUCCUACGUGUACCAAAAGUGCCUGCAUUCUUGUGUGCAGAAGAACUGCUCAGAAUACAAGAUAAAUUCUUUCCUUGAGUCUCAGCCAGCGUGUACUCGUUUGAUGGGUUGGAGUUGCCAGGAUGAAUGCAAGUACACAUGUAUGUGGGUGGCUGCGGAUGCAUUUGAGAAGGACGGACUCCAUGUACCACAGUUUCACGGCAAGUGGCCAUUCAUCCGCCUGUGCGGUAUACAGGAGCCAGCCUCCAUGUUCUUCUCGCUGUUGAACGGCCUGGCCCAUCUCUCUAUUCUCUGGUAUCGGCGUUUUGUCCCUCCUUCAACUCCUAUGUAUUAUGUCUGGCACAGUGUGGCACUGUUAGCCUUCAAUGCGUGGACCUGGUCUGUCAUUUUUCACACCAAAGACACAGAUUUCACAGAGAAGAUGGAUUACUUCUGUGCCUUCUCCAUGGUGAUAUACAACACGUUUACAGUGGCCUGUAGAAUCCUGGGCACACACAACUGGCGACCUCUAGCAUUUAUAGCACUGUUUUGUGGAGCAUUUUUCAUCCAGCAUAUCACAUACCUGUCCAUAUAUGGGUUUGGGUAUGGCUACAAUAUGAAGGUCAACAUUUCUGUUGCUGUAUUUAACAUGGUUUGCUGGGUGUACCUGUGUUAUAAGAUCCGCAGAUGGUUUGUGUGGAAGGCCAUUAUCUCAAUUGUGGGAAUACAGGCACUUCUAGCCCUGGAAUUGUGGGACUUUCCUCCGUUAUUUUGGACAUUUGAUGCCCACUCACUUUGGCAUGCUGGCUCCUGGCCUCUCUGUAUACUUUGGUACAGUUUUCUGAUAGAUGACAGCCUACACAUGAUGAAAGACAAGACGGCCAGCCUUCUACCUCAUUCUCAGAAGACAGACUGAUCUCAAUGAUGAAAUGCGACAUGGAACAAAUGUUAAAAUCAUUAUUAUCAACCAUAUGUGAAAAAAAAUAGUUUAGUUUGAAUAUGUGCAUUUUUAACUUUAUUUUGAUCAAAAUGCUUGGAGCCUAUAUUUGUAUGGUUUAAGCCCAAGCCCUACGAUAACCAGUCACAACCACUAGCCACCAUAGCCCAACCCUAACAAUAUAGAUUAUAGGUAUGUAUAACCUUAAGAAAUAUUGAAAUAUAUAGUGGUAAAAAAAUGCAAUGAGGUGACCAGUACUGCUCAAUUACCAGUAUUUUAGCUGCUCCUUGAAAGACGACUGACCUACAUGCAUGAGGCUAGGAUAGUUUACAAAAUAUUCAUGACAUAUCAGAAAGUAAUGUUUGAAAGCAGGAAAUGGUAUCUUUUAAAUAAUAGCUGUCUAUUGCAGACAUUUGUUUGUUGUCUUCAUAUUUGUUAUGAGAAAGCUUAAUCGUAGUCUCUUACAAUUUGACUUUUCCUGUGCCUUCGUAUCAUGAAUUUCUAGUAGCAUGUCAGUUUUUCAAAGAAAAAAAGUACAGUUAUUGUCAUAGCCUUGGCGUUGUAGGUGUAACUACUGUAGUAGUGCAAAUGUUUUACCCAUGGGCAUCCCUCAAACACCAUUCAAGAUAUUCACAUGAUGCUUAGCUGAAAAAAAUCAGACUGACUUUGGCGUUCGCUCUUCAUCGCUCUUGUAGUGUUCUGCAGUAUUUUUUCUGUGCAUUUAUACUGUUCAUUUUUCUUUGAUGUCAGUGUUGUUUGUUUUUUCUUUGCUGUAUCAAGUCUAAAAGCACUCUGAAUUUACUUACGCAUUUUAAACAGACAGAACUUCAUUAUCAAGAGCGUUGCCAACUGAGAUAUUGAGGAUAAGUCAUAACGUUAUUUCAUUCCUAAAGUUCAGUUAUUUUUUUUAGUCUGCUUUGGGUUUGUCUUCGCACAAAAGUGAAAACAAGAGUGUGCCAGUUGAAUGCCAGAAUUCUUUGCUCUCCUUACAGUCAUAAAAGAAUGGGCAGAUUAAUUGGUUUUUAAUACAAUAUUUAUGACUUAGAAUUGAGAAGAUGUACAUGCAUUCAAGUAUAAUCAAAGAAGAUUGCCAUAAUUAUAAUACUCAGAAUUUGAGUCAAGUCCGCCCAAGAUAAUUUGGUGUUUACAGACACUAAUAACGGAAGUAUAUCAGCAAAUUAGGAGGCUCUAGGCAUGACAGCAUUCCAAAUAGGACUGCUAACUCGUAUUUACUCAUCCAAGUAAAUCUGGACCAAAGUAAAUCUUGCUUUGUAAAGUAAGCGCAUUCAUCAGGCAUUUCAUGUUUUCUUUGGCAGUCUGUAAUCUUUAAUGUGCAAUAUUUGCUUCUGUAUGUUUGCCAUCAAGUGAUCACUACAAGAACAUGCAUAGAUCUGGUGAUAAGAGUGUUUGUACAUCUUAUGUGCUACUUCUAUUAUUCAAUUGUUGCAUUCCAACCAUUGUACCUUUAUCUGGCAUUUCCAGAUCUUGUGUUGCUUUGUAUGUUAAGGAUUUAUUAAAUUUAUAUAAAAAUC